UACCAAAACAAUUCCGCGUAUGCUUGAGGCGCAUAAACCGCCUUGUAAGUAAAAGAUGCGCCUUCGAAACCAUUCAAAUUACAAAAAAAGUGCUGGCAAGUUCAAUUUUCUCCCUACUUUGGACCUCCCCGCAACCAGCUUUCCUUUGCACUGAAACGAAGAGAAUUUCAGGAAGCGCAGCUACAAAAGUCCACGAUUACACAAUUGAGCUGCAAUCUACACGCAAUAAUCGCCUGAUAAGACCCACCUUUGAGCCAAAUCCCCAUAAAAACAUUUAUUCCGCUCUCGACACAAUGGAACCACUAGUUUGGUGGGUUCUACUGUUCGGUCUUAUCAUACUAAUCACCGCGUUGUCACUGCAGCUCUGCUUCAGCCUGCUGAGCGAGAAAAUCAAAGCAAAACUCCACCUGGUCAACAGUGCCCGGAACCCGCCCGGAACCGACAGCAAUUUCAAAAAACUCACCAGGUACCAGUUCGAAAAAACCGACGUCGAAGAUCUGACCAGCAUCGAAAAGAACCUGGCCGAGUUCCACCCUCGCAUCACGUUUGUGAACGAGUUCGGGGCGACACCGUUUCGGAAAGAGAGCACAUCAUCAGGCAGUCCUCGAUCGGUGAAAAAGCGCAAAGGUUCGCUAUUGACGGACGUGCACGAAAGCAUCGAGACAGAGUUUGGCAGUUUCUAUAGCAUUGAAGAUAUCAUGGAGGAUUUGAACAGU